AUGGCGCUGAUCAACCCUACUCCCCUCGCGUGCUCCCUGUCAAGAGCCCGAGGCUUCCUCGCUGGUCUCAUAUUCAUCAACUCAUUGCCCAAAAUCGCCGGCCAAGACUUUAAUGCAAACAUCAGACUUUUCCAAAACACCAAGCAAUGGACGGUUCUCCAACAUGUCCACCGUCAACUGGAAGAAACCCGUCUACGGUUGGUGGAGGUAAAGCGUACCAUCGGUCUUGCAUGUCCUGACAAGACCCUCGAGUCGUUCAACAAUCCCACAUCCUUCUACGAGGCUGCCAUUAGUGGCUUCCACAACACUUUGUUGGGCCUGCCUCCCACUACUUUGGGUGGUGUUGUCGCGCUUUGUGCCAUGUCGCAUGCCACUUCAUGUUAUUUAUACAGUACCGGCAUUCAAGUAGCCUUUGAUCCCUUCUCUGACUUUGAUCUUUGGAGAAGUACGAUCAGUAACGACGAGCAUCAGCAAGCAUUUGAUGAUCUGAUGAUGGCCGCCUGUCAAGAGCCCUAUCUCACUACCCUGAUGAAUCCCUUUCCUGUAUUCCAGAACGAAAUUAAUUUGCCCGGUGAGGAUCUCAACUUGCUUUGGAGUCCGGAUCCAAUCACGAACAGUCUCAUUCCUUUUCUCAUCACCCACAAUGCCGGCGAGACCCAAGCUCCAGAUCUGCAGAGCUUACAGGGAUCGCCAAUCGUCGCCAACCUAACCCACUUUCUGGAACAAUGCGGAGAACUCCCGCUAAUCCUCUGUGGACGCGAUGCGACAGCCGACAUGUGCUACUUUAUCGGCGCCCCCAUUUCAACUGAGUCUGGAGAUGAACAGGAUCUUAAGCACUUGUACAUACAACUCUUGCGAGAACGUGGUCCUCUCCACAGUCCAGUUACCCAAGGGAUCGUCUCCAUCGUGGAAAGAUUCGUUGAUCUCGGCUAUCUGCAGAGCGUGGACGAAAACAAGUUACUCACAUGA